UUUCUAGCGAUAGUUCACUAAUUAGAUUCACCUGUGGCAAAAUUGWUCCUAUAGCUGCGCUCGCACACCGCUAAUUAUGAACUUCGAAAUAAUUUUGGAGGAUGCUUUCGUCAGCAAUAAUGUUGGAGCCAUCACAGCAGCACUUCUGAGGGAGAAAGCCUCCAAGUCGUUGGUUAACAGAUUGAACAAAGUCGCUAACAAGGAACUUGACAGAAGUGUGUUCAAAAGUGUCACUUUGCUUUUGAGAGCAAUUGAAGAUGUAUGCCAGUGUGAUGAAGACUGCUUUAACAGCCUGGCCAGGCAAGGUCUCGUUUACAAGAUGUUGACGUGGUUUGAAAGAGCUGCAGACUUUCUGAAAAUGGACGAAUACAAAGGCGUGAAGGACCUGCCCAGCCUUAUUGAGACCUUUUUUGAUUUUUUCCUGCGUUUGCCUCCUUCUAUUGAAGACAGAGGUCAGCUCACCAGCGUCUUCCUGCUGCAUGUUGGAGUGAUUGGGACUGACCCAGACGUCACGUUUAGUCUGAGAUUAGAGGCUAUAAGGACGAUUAACUCGAUCCUCGACAAUACCACAAAAGAAGAGAGGAGGAAACUGAGCAUGUCCAAAGACCAUUGUCUACUCCUUGAAAAAUUUGCAAAAGUAAUUCUCAAUGUGGGCGACUAUGAGAUGCAGGUGGCCCUAUCAGAAGCACUCUGUCGAAUGACCAUAAAGAGGUCGAGGAAAGAGCUGACCAACAAGUGGUUUGCCAACCCAGUUUUUGCAGAGGGCUUCAACGCAAUAAACGAUACAGAAUUUGAGAUAGACUGCAGAACUUUUCUCAAUGACUUGAACAGCUAUUUUGGAGAUGAAAGAAGGGUGUUCACGUUCCCCUGCAUCUGUGUGUUUCUUGACACCACUGAGCUGUUCAUGCCAGAGGAUGAGAAACUGGAACAUUUCUGGGUGGACUUCAACCUAGGAACGUCCUGUAUCAGCCUCUUUGUCAACAACCCCGAGGGUUCACUGUGGGAAUCAAUCCAUUUGCUAAGAGCAGACGUCUUUAGGUUCAGUGUGUGUGACUGUGAUAAUCAGACCAUUCUGACUGUUCACCUGUCCAACCCCCUCACCUAUCGCAUGACCAAGGGAAAGAUGGUCCAGAUCAUCUUCGAUUCCAAGCAUGACAUCCUGGACGCUGCCAAGAGGGUCUUUGAAAGCAAACGACUACUGCAAAGUGUACGUUCAGAUGACCAGACAUCGAUACAACAUGUCAUGGAACCCUUGCAAUCAGUAGAUCUCGACGUGCUAGCUGCAUUGGAGACCUCAUCACUGUCCCCUACUCUGGCAACUGCAGGCAGCACAGAGAUCCCUGCUGUAAACCAGACCAGUCUGGCAACAGCUCUGUCUCGGGAAAGAAUUGAAACUUCACCGGAGGACAUCUUCGAACUGUGUGCCAGCUCUGACACUGAGGUGGCCAGAGCAAAAACAAGGCUCUUCAGCACUCAGUCUCUCUCCUCUGGCGGGUCAACACACUCCACCCCAACCAACAAGGAGAAACCGAAGCAAAAGUCUAAAUCAAAAGGCUCUCCUCCUCCCCCUGCUGAGGCUGGCAGCAGUGUGAUCCUGUCCCAGCGGGCCAAACACGACUACACCAGGAAGAAGCCCAAAACCAAGAGCAAACUGAAGAUUCUCCCACUGUCCUCUCCCAGCAGUGCAGAYGAGGCCUCCCCUGUCAAGCACCGUACACCAGCAUGCAGAUCAGCGGGGGGAACACCAAGUAAAAACAUUGCAGAACGGCUAUUUGACAGCUCAAAGAGGAAGAAUCUCUGGAUUUCCCCCCUCCGUCCAAACUGCUUCCAAGAUGUGACUGGGGAGGACUGGGAUGAAUCUGUGUUUCACCGGGAGGAACAAGAUGAAUCUACACCUACUGACCAUGUUCCCAAUCAGGAGGCUGGAAUUCAUAGGAAGAGGCCUUGGGCCUCAGCAGAGCGUGCUGACUCGGGAGGUGCAGCGGAGAAGAAGAGUGUGCCGCUAGAAAGUGAUCCAAGGCAAAGACCCAGGGCCUUCUUUCCCUCAGAACCUCUCGAGGAGGCUGCUGAAUCAAUGAGCAGAGUGCUGAAUGAGGAGGUGGAGUCUGAGAUGGAGAUGGGCUCUGGAGUCAUCGCUGCUUUCCAGACCUUCAAGAGCCAGCUGAGAGCACACUUCUCGUCCAGAUACAAGAAGAUUGAAGCCCGCUCCCUGCAGUCUCUGAUGGACUGUCAGAAAAACGUCACCUCUCUCCUGGGUGCUGUCCACGACAGCAGGCUGGUCCACCUGGAGCGCUUCCAGGCCACCGUAGUCCAGGAGCUGGGCCGCCUGGAGAAUGACUGCAUCUCGCUCAAAGAGAUCGAGGGGGAAACUGUGAACUUUUGGCAGAGCGAGUCUCAGUCCGUGCGGUCGUUCUGUGACCGACAGCAGCAGAGGUUAGAGUCACUAGGAGAGCCCAGAGAUGGCUGGAGCAGCAUGUCACAGAGGGAGGAGGCUGCAGCACCACCGGAACCUCCAAAGUAGAACGCUGGUGACAAAGGAAAUAGAAGCUAAGRCUCUCCAGUUCCUGAUGAAACCAACACCACUUUGGACCUUUAUACUGACAUUGAACCAUGAGUGACGUCGUACAGACACGUAAUGGCUGAUAGACCGUGAACAAAGUUCUCACACAGGCAAUGACCUACCUUGCUCAUUUAUUUUUUUCUGCCAUUGUUCAAAAUACACUCAAUUAGAGCUAAUACAUGAAUAGCUGAAGGAUAAUAAUAGGCUGAUGAAUUUCAGGGACUUGGUUAGACAUCAGAGAGCAAGGCAGACCAUGCGUGUUUAUUUUUUUAAUUAACUUUUGUCAUGUUUGUCGAUAGCCACUCAAAGACAUUCAGUGAUUGAUUGAGAAAUGCAAUGUAUGAAGUCUACGAAAGUCAUCAGGAAAGCCUGUAAAAUAUAAUUUUUCUAAAGAACCAGUCAAAUGUUUACUAUGUUUUGCACCCAUAAACUUGCAUUCAAAUACAGUGGGAUAUAUCAGGUAGGUUUAGCAGUGUUUCUAAAGCAUCUUUAGUUUAACAAUGAUUUGAGUGAAUGCUCUGGAGGGAUAUUUUUAGUGAGUACAUACCGGAGGCUAUAUUCAAUAAAGGCAUAGUUGUGGCCAAAUA